UUCAAGAAAGGGGAUAUAUUUUUCAUACCUAAAUACAUGUAAUUCAUCGACGCGAGUAAUAAACGGGGUUGUAAUCCGACGCGCGCGAAGUUGGAAAUUUUAUACGUACGCACAUCACGAGCAUCAACAUUGCCGAACGACGGACUCAUCGCAAGAAGCUACGGAUUCCGCAUAGAAGACAAAGAACCGCCGACAUGUCGGCGUUGAGUGCCGGGAUGAGCCGACCCGGGGAGAUGAUCCUGUUCCUGGCUAUCGCUUUUCUAGCAAUCUGUUGUUCACGCGCUGCUCCUGUAAGUGAACACGAUACGACUCACAUUGCAGAAUAUGAAACAGAAUCUGGCUGCUACUACAACUUCCAACGCUAUCAAGAAGGCGAUAGAAUAGUAACAAAUGAACCAUGCUUAAACUGUACUUGCCACAACCGAAUGUUGAUGUGCUACCUCAGGGUGUGCCCAUUUACAAAAGCUAUCGGUCAAAACUGCACCGUCGAAAAACGACCGGAUCAAUGUUGUCCGAUCAUCACUUGCCCAGAAGUCCCUGUACAACUUCUGACCUCUACGCCAAAUUCACCAGCGAUUAUCGGCUCAACCGAAAUUGGUGCACAUGACAACUACGGCUGCCGAGUUGAGGAGAAAUUCUACGCUGAUGGUGCUCAGCUUCCAGUAGACCCGAGAAAUCCUUGCGAACUUUGCUACUGCAUCAGAAACAGAACCACUUGUGUUAUGCAAGAAUGUACCCUGCGUGUCGCAGGCUGCAACCCCGUCUAUUUACCCGGAGUUUGCUGCCCAGUCAAAUAUAAUUGUGAUUAUGACGAAGAACAAACGACUACCCUUAGUCCUACCACUCCUGGACUCAUCAUGACUACAACAGUUGCUCCAGGGCAGAGCACUCCGAUGUGUUACCGCGAUGGAAAUGCAUACAAUGACGGAGAACUCAUCGACUCAGGACGAGCAUGCCAGCACUGCUACUGCUUCCGCGGUGACAUUGUUUGCGCCGUUCAGGAUUGCAAGAUACCAAUGAAAAUUCACGGCAAGCACUGCACACCUCAACCUGCUCCAGAGGGCAAGUGUUGUCCCACUACCUAUCAAUGUGAUGGUGAAAGUAGUCCGACAGAAGUUGAGGAGGAGCCACAGUUAAGCGGCGAACUUCCAAUCCCCGACCAUCCCUAUAAAGAGCAAGCUACUGAAUCACCUAUUCCGGGAUUAGGAUAUCUGGAUGAAGAUAACAACCAACCACAGCAGAUGGUGGACGUUUUUCCUGGUGCUGACAAUACCAUUCCCGAAAAAUCUGGGGAAAAUAAGAGUGGGACUGAAGGUCCUAUCCAACAAGAGACCGUGAAACCAUUCGAGGAAACGCCUAUAGAGCUACCAGAGGGUGUAAAGACAGAGAAUCCGACCGGUACCAGUGUAGUCGAGCCUGAACACACACCGAUAAAAUCAACUGAAGAUGUGAAUCCAACUGAAGUCGUUUUACCGGAACAGCCAGUAACUACUGCAGAUGAAGAAAAAGAUGCACCCCACGAUUCAAUUGAGCACGAUAAUACAGUGCAAACUACCGCGACUGCCGAUGAAACACAAACCGAAGUGAACAUUGAUGAAGGCAAACCAAUAAGCUCAGUGGAAUCUACAGAUCGAACAGUUUCCGAAGAUGCAAUCAAGACAACUGAAGAUCUACCGACUCACGGAAUCGUUUCUGAAGAUGAAAUCAAGGCCAUCGAUGAAUUACCAACAGAAGAAACCGUACCAGAAAGUCCGACACCUACUGAAGUAACGAGUAAUAUGCAUGAAUCAAAUGAAGGGUCUGAAGAGGAGCAGGUCUUAAAAGAACCAACGCAAUCUGGAAUCGAGCAAGAAGGGCCAGAAGAAGUGACCACCGAAGAACAAAACUCGUCCAAAGUACCAGUUAUCAGCGAACCACAAGAACCAGUCAACCCUCUACCUGGAAAUGAUGAGAUUGCCGUUGAAAAAUCGACCGCUCUGCCAACCCAGGCAGUAAAAUCUGAUGAAGAAGUCACGAAGGAGCCUGCAGUACUUGUUACCGAAUUAACGCCGAUUGAGGGUACCAAAACUGAAGACAGCAAUAUUGCCAUCUCCCCCGGUGAAGUUGAACUUACAAAACCCGAAACUUCAGAAGAACCGAUUUUCCCUGAGACCUCUACUUUAAAAACAGUUGAAUUAGAAGCACCUGAGCAACCAAUCAAGGAAACAGCUACGACACUUACUUCUAUUGAAGAAAGCAACGUAUUUCCCGAAAGCCAUCAGAACGAACCAGAGGAGACUCCAGUUUCUGCAACUGUAUUACCUACGAUAGUAUCAGUUAUUAAAGACCAAUCCACAGAAAAAUCUGGAUCGACCGAGGGGCAUACUAUCGAUGACAUUAGUAUGGCCAAAGAACCAACUCAACAUGAAUCCAAUAUUGCAGGCGCAGUUCCAGCCACUGAAGUUCCAACUGACGAAGUUCCAACCAGUGAAAUUCAAACAGGUGAAAUUCCAAUAAGCAAAUUACCAACUGGCGAAGUUCCUACUAGCGAAGUUCCAACCAACGAAGUUCCUAGCCCGGAUGAGGUAACAUCGGAAGUUCUAAGUAAAGGUGAAGGUUCAAAACCACAGACGGAAGAAACGUUGAUUGAUGAAGAGCAUCCAAUCGAGCCAACGGUUACGGAAGAAAAACAACCUGAAGGUCCAAUUGCUGUCGAAAAUCCCAGUCAACCAGCGGCUCACGACCAGGAAGACUCUAUUGAUAUCCCUGAACAAGGACCAACAGGCAUUCCAAUUUCUGACCGAGUUCCGGUUGUCAAAGCGGAUGAUGAGAGUGUCGUUCAUGAGCUGCAUGUUACCGAAGUAUAUGAUGAAGUUCAACAUACUCAUGUUCCUGAUAGUUUGAUAAUUGACAAGCAGGAUGGAAUUCCUGCAACUUACAUCCCACCAAUUGGAGGAACGGCUGAAUCUGAAAUCACUCCAGGACAGGAGCCGGUUACUACUGGAGUAGUACAGGAGAUUGUCCCACACGAGGAACAAGCUCCACAAAUUUUUAAGGAAACGGUCACUCCUCCUUCAUCCGAAAAGGAACACAAACCGACUCCUCAGGAAGAACUUGAACACGAAAAAUCUACGGUAAUCGGUCAGUUGCCAACUGAAGCUACUCAUACAGAAAUACUACCUGUGGAACUCGGUACUCACGAAGAUGAAAACGGUGAUAAGCAAAUCUUCAACGAGCCUACGGAAAACAAGGUCAACGCCUCAGAAUCUCCUGAAGUGUCGACAGACGUUCAAGGAGUAGAACUGGAAGGUUUUCCGGAUGCCAAGCCAACUGAACCCCAAAAGACAGCUGACAAUAAACAACACCACGUACCUGCGGAGGAUGAAAUUGCUAAAGGGGAACAACAAACGGAAAAACCAGUAUUAAAUGGCGAGUUACCAACCGAUAAUGUGGCUGAAGAAAAACCACUUGAGGUUCCUACUCAUGAUGAGGAGACACCUGAAGUUUCGCUACCCGAAGAAAACCUCACGGGGCCUUCCGGAGAUGAACAAAAGCCUGUCACGGGUUCGGCUAUGGAAGAGAAACCAAUUAAAUCUUCUGAAAAUGAAAGUGAACCUACUGAAGUUUCUACUGCCGAAAAAGAACAGUCAAACACACCUGUUACUGCAGAAGAACCUUUGACUCCUUCGAUAACAGAAGAAAGACCAACCGAACCUGGCGUAGCUGAUGAAAAACAAACUGAAACUACCAUUCCCCAAGAACAACAAACUGUAGGCCCUAUUUCAAACGAAAAUCCCGUUGAAGCUGGUGUUACUGCUGAAGACAAACCUUCUGAAGUUUCGAUUUCCCAAGAACAAGAAACCGAAGCUCCCAUCAAUGCUGAAGUACCCAGCGAAGUGAAUAGCGAUACUCAAGAAAAGACAGAUGAUACACGUAUUACCGAAGACAAGCCAACAGAAGACUCAAGCAUUCAAGAAGAACUGCCAACAGUCUCAAUCAUCGAUCAAAAACCAACUGAAGAAUCUGCUGUGGAACAGGAGCUGACAGAAGCUCCCGCUUCUGAAAGAGUGCCAACACAAGCUUCUUUCGAUGUAGAAAAUCCAGUUAAGCCUUCCAGUACCGAGGAGAAACUAGUUGACACUCCUGCCACUGAUGAAACUCCAAUGAAAACCUCUAUCGUUGAUGACGAAUCAAAUGUGACAUCUAUUUCCAAUGAAAAACCAACAGAGACGUCUAUCACUGGAGAAAUUUCAACACAAACGUCUGUUGCUGAAGAAGAGCCUUUGGAUGUUGGUCAAAAACCAAACGAAGCUUCAAUCACGGAAAAUACUGUAACUGACAUUCCAAAAUCUGAACAAGAACCUCCAUUAGUUACUGAUGAGAACCCUACAGAGUCUUCAUUUGUGGAGCAACAAAUAACAGGUGUAUCCACUUCCGCCGGAGAGUCCGAUGUUACCAUCGUAGAAGAAACCAGCGUCCCUGUUACUGAAGAACUAACAGAAAGUCCUGUAACGGAACAAAAGAUAUUCAAAACCUCUGCUACACAGGCAACACCGACGGAGUCUACUGUCCAGGAAGAGAAAAUAACUAAUGUACCUGCUGGCAGUGAAAUUCCCACGGAAGAAUCUGCCAUUGAGACGAAAACACCUGUGGCCGUUGUUGGUGAAGAAAAAGUAACAGCAAUUUCGAAUGAGGAAGGACAAGAUACCGUGGCCUCUGUAACAGCAGAAAACUUGACAGGGAUUCCAGAAGUGGAGCAAAGCGUAACCGAUAGCUCCAUCAUUGAAGAAAAACCAACAGAAGCUCCUAUUGCAGAACACGAAACAACUAGUGGCUCCAUUGAGGAAGGUGUACCAAGUGGCACGCCCAUUGCCGAAGUGGAAUCGGAAGCUGAUUCUGGCACCGCUGUUAGCCAGACUGAGCUUACGACACCUAAAGCUGUUGAAACUACUUCAGCAGACAAUGAACCUGUUAACCCAUUGGUUUCCAUGGAAGGACCAGUCGAUACUUCUACCAUCGAUCAAAAAACAAUCGAGUCAUCGACGCCUACAAAUAAAGAAGAUGAAACUAUCAUACCUGAAGAAGGACCCACGAAGAGUUCAGACAGUAAAAAUCACCUCUCAGAAUCUCCAGCUGAUACAGAACAGGACGCCCUCGCAGGCGAAAAUAAACCAACUGAUGCAACGAAUGUUGAAGAAGAGCAAACAAAUAUUUCAGUUUCAGAAGAGGCCGUGACCGAUAAAAAUAUCAUUGAAGUAGAGCCCACCGGCGCGACAGCGAAUGAACAGAAACCGACUGGUACCGUAUUUAUGGAAGAGAAGCCCACAGAGAUUUCAGUUACAGACGAAAAAAUAACUGAUCUACCUGUCACCGAGACAAAGCCUAGUGAUGCUUCUAUAGCCGGAGAACAACCAACUAAUACACCAGUUUCGAACAUAAAAGAAACUGAACCUGCCGAAGAAGGGCCAACUACGGCAUCUAAAAGUGAGGAAAAUUUGCCUAAACCUUCAGUAAUUGCAGAGAAUUCUACCCCAGCUUCUGUUGGUGAGGAAAAACUAAUAGAACCCUCAAUUGCAGCAGAAAAUCCGGCUGAAAAUACUGUUGCUGAAGGAGAAGUAACAGAAUCUUCAAUUGUCAAAGAAAGACCGGUAGAAUCGACUGAUAUCGCAGGAGAACCAACCGCACCAUCUAUACCAGAAAAAGAACCUACUAAAAUUUCUAUUGCUGAUGAGAAGUCGACAAUAUCUUCGGUAUCUGAAAACAAACUUCCACAAAUACCUCCAAUUGUUGAGAACGUUCCUCAGUCUUCAGUACCCGAAGACCAAUCUACCGAGGUUUCUACCAGUGAUGACGAACUAGUGCAAGUUCCGCUCAGUGAGGUUAAACCAACCGAGAUCGCGAAACCCGAAGAAGGACCUAUCGAAGCUUCUGCUUCUGAAAAAACUCCCACAGCACAUUCCGAUACUCCUAUGGGUAAAGGCGAGAUUACUGGAGUUCCAGAAUCACAAGAAAAUCCAACAGAACCGUCUGACAACAGAAUCGUUACAGAGGAAUCAACUAAGCCGUCCAUUGUUGAAGAGAAACCAGUCAAUCCUAUUACUUCCGAAGAAAGUCCAUCAGGAGAACCUCCAUCUGAUGAAAAACCGACCGUUACGUCCAUCAUCCCAGAAGAACCAACAAAGAUGGUAGAAAAGGAAAAACUUCCAAUUGAACCGUCUGUCGGUGAACAACAGCCAAUUGAACCGUCUGUCGAAGAACAACAGCCAAUUGAACCAUCUGUCGGUGAACAACAGCCAAUUGAACCGUCUGUCGAAAAACAACAGCCAAUUGAACCGUCUGUCGGAGAACAACAGCCAAUUGAACCGUCUCCAAUUGAACCCUCUGUCGGAGAACAACAGCCAAUUGAACCGUCUGUCGGAGAACAACAGCCAAUUGAACCAUCUGUCGGAGAAAAACAGCCAAUUGAACCGACUAUCGCAGAACAGCAGCCAAUUGAACCCUCUGUCGAGGAACAACAGCCAAUUGAACCCUCUAUCGGUGAACAACAGCCAAUUAAACCAUCCGUGGAAGAACAGACGGCAAUUACAGCUACUCCCGAACAACAACAGCCAAGUGAACCAAGCAAGCAAGUACCUUCUGAGAUUCCAAGUAAAAUGGAGAAAGAAGAUCAAACUACCAUUGAACAGGAACGACCGGAAGUGUUCGGUGAUAAUUUCCCUUCGAGCAUUCCCGGGGAAGGCAAUUGUCUUGUAGAUGGACAAUCUUUUGCCAAUAAUUCGCGUAUUCCACCGGCAAAUCUAUGUCAAACUCGAUGUCUUUGCAUUAGCAGUAUAGUUCAUUGUGAUCUUGUUGAAUGCUCACCACCACCAAGCCAAUUGUCCAACUGCAUGCCCAUCCACACCAACACGGACUCCUGCUGCCCAAUUUAUUCCUGCGAUUCUACGCCGACUGUUGAUUUGAAAUCAGACAGUCAAAUGGCUGAAAAUCACACUCCUGGAUACGAAGGUGUCCAUGUUCCAUCUACAGAUGAUUACUCUAAAGAAUCAAGCACACCUAUUAUUAAAUAUCCAGCUGAGCCAUCAGAUGAAGUAACACCAGGCUCCGAAGAGCAGUCAAGUGUAUCAGUUCAUGAAGACACCACACCAAGCAUUGAAUCAGUAGCUGACCUUGAUCAAAAGAUUGUCGAACCCAUCGAACAGGAAAUUCCUGAGCCAAACGUCCCUGUACAAGAACUAUCUGGAGUUUCUGAAACGAAUGAAAUUCCCGAACAGCCUAUUAUUGAUCAAACGGAACAAAAUCCUAAGCCGGAAGUAGUUGAUCAACAAACUGAAGAAGCAAUCAUGCCGACAGAAGAGCAAAAACCGAUUGGUGAAGAAAAACAGAAGCCAGAAUCACCCUCUGAAGUCCCAGUUGAAGCAGUUACAACAAAUAACGAACCAGACAUAAUUCCCGUCACAACUGUAGGUGAAACAACAGCCGAUCAGCAAUCCGAGGGUACGCCUACAUCCGAUAAAGACACACCACUCGUAUCUCUCGUUCCAGUAAGUGAACAAAGCCCGGAAGUAAUUCCAACCAGCGAGACACACCCUGUUGAAACAGGCACCUCAAGCGAAGAACAAACAACCGAUAUUACCAAGCAGCAUAGACCUGCGGUAGAGAUUGAAACAGCGACUGAUCAAUCAGCAGUCCCUGCAGGUGAAGAUGCUGGACCCGAAGAACAUCAUGCAGCUUCUGAAAAACCAAUAGAUAACGACACUGUAGUACCUGUCGGGGUAUUACAAGAAGGAGAGCAGGUUGUUGACGUUACACAGCCUACUGAAAAGGAACCCACUGCACCAGUAGUUCCCGUGGAUACAAGUACAAGUGUAUCUGAAGAGCACUUUGAAAACACGGAACAUCCAGAAACAUCCGUGACAGGCGCUAAUGAGCAGACUCCUGGACUCACUGAAUCUGCAGCAACUAGUCCUGUGCCACCAACCGAUCAGCCAAUCGUAGAGAGCACAGAUAAACUCACUACUCUAAUUAGUCAGCACCCAGAAGAACAUGUACCUCAACCUGAAUCCGAUGGCCAGGUAAUUGAGCCGAGCACGCCGACCGAUGAGUCGUCUCCCCCAAAAGACCAAUUAGACUUGCAACAGCAACCUGAAAACGUGAAACAAGAAGUUCCUAUUGACAGUUCAACAAUCGAAAGUGAUUCAGAGGUUGGAGCACCAGCUUCUACUGAGAGCUCAGAAAAUCAGUCUGUUUCGAUUCUAGUACCUACAGAUGGAAUUAAUUUAUCCAAUAACGCUGAAACAUCUACACCAACUUCCACUGGUCAAGUCGAAGAUGAAAUAGAAGGUUCAACAGUAAUUCCGAUAAAAAAUAUUGACGUUGGACUUCCUAUUCUUAGUUCAAGUACUGAAGUCGCUGAAGAUGAAAUCUUGCCAACUGAAGCCAGCAAGCAAGGUGAAGCCCAGACACCCGUAUCUGAUCCACAAGAAGCUUCGCAAGAAGCUUCUGCCUCGACAACACCACCGACGGUUGGGCAAGAGUUGACGAUUGACUCUGAAACAACUAUUUCCACCGUAGAGGAACAUGACCAAGUUAUUGUUGAAACAGAGCCUUCAAUCAUUUCAUCUCCACCGGUCACCACAAAGGCAAGUGAACCUAGCGGAAACACUGGUGAACAGAUAACUGCGGUUGACAAGAACGAAGCUGAACCAAUUUCACAUGAAACACCAGCGACACCGGUAAUCGAAAGUGCUGAAUCAGUGGAUACUGCGCCAGAAUCACAAGAUGUAGGCGAGCCUGCUGCUUCAACUGAAAGUACUGAAGGCCAAGUAACUGAAGUAAAAGAAACCGGUGAACCCGUUGAUUCACAAGGUGCUCAACCGUCUGAACCAACAGCGAAUACUGAGACUGAGCGUACCGGUGUAGAAGAACCAACAACCCGACCAACUUCAUCUGAAGGGGACAUUAAAACAACUACAUCUGAAGAAAGCGUUAUUGCCGAGCAAGGUGAAUCAUCCGAACCGCCAGUUAGUGUUGAAGGUGAGAGUAUUAGUGUAGAAAUACCAACAACUGGACUACCUUUAUUCAAAGAGGGUACGAAGCCAACUCUUCCCGAAAUGACCGGUGAAGACCACAAAAUACCGACUUUGGAGUUCACGACUAAACCGGGUUCACCUGAGACAGCCGAAACACUUGCGCCAACUAUGAACCAAGAAGAUGAAACUGUAGCAGCAGAACAUUCCACAAGUAGCCCAGUAUUGAUUGAAAAUGCCGAGAAGCCUGCAUCUACCGCGAACGUAGAAGACCAGACUAUAUCUGAUGUUGAGAAACCCGCCAAAUCUUCUGAAGCAACUGAAAAUACUGAGGGUGAACCUGAUGUAGACAAGAAACCAAUAUCUGAGACAGCAUUGCCAGACCAAGAUGUGAGGAUAGGUGAACCCGAAGUUCGUCCUGUAAGUACGGUAUCAUCUGUGAGCGAAGAAAGUGAAGCUGUUACAAUUAAAGGCGCAAGUGCAGAAGAAAUUCCACAAUCUGGCGCUGAGACACCUCCAUCGACUUCUAGCAGCGAGGUUCAGACCCCUGCAAUGGAAGAUUCUGAAUUUGUUUCACCUGAUCAAGGCGUAACUGCUGCAUCAGGUGCAAGUGGAGAAGAAGAAACUACCCCAGCACAACACCCAGCGGUUGAAUCUUCGGCACCUGAUACUAAAAGUCCCAUUCCCGCGGAAAACGCUGAAGAGCAAGUGAUCUCAGUUGAUGAAUUUGAGUCCAAACCUGCUUCACCUGAUCAUCCUGAAGAACCUGUUCCUACGUCACAACCAGGAAUCGUGUCAGUAUCACAAGAAGAUACGGAGGAACUCGCAUCUACAGGAGGCGUAGAGAAAGACAUUAUCCCUACUGACCAGACAGCCUCAGAACCCACUUUACCUAGCGAAGGUGAGACACCUGUGCCAACUGUCACCGAGGAAGCUGUGAGUAUUUCAGUCGAAGGAGAAGCGAUAAGUAUACCUGUAUCUGACGCUCAAACCAAACUGGUUGUCACAAGUGCAACUCCUAACGACCAUGGCGUAUCGGUUGAAGCAACUACAACUGCAUCUGCCGAGAGUGAGGAAUCUUCUGCCCCAACAACAAAAGAAAAUGAUGAACUUACUCCAGAAAUAGGUUCAACGGCUAGACCAGUGAUCUCCGAAGAGAACUCUGAAACACCAACGUCAACACAGAUUGAAGUAAAAACUCCUGAGACAAUUUCCACUGAUGCUGAAACACCUGUUCCAAAUACGAGUGAAGAUGAAAAAGUAAUUACUACUGAAUCACCUCAGCCAGAUUCAAGCUAUAACCAAGAAGUGCCAACUGCUGUCUCACAUGACGAAACUAAACCACAGUCGCCAAUAGCAGGCACACCUGAACAAACAGUUACAGCUGAGACGCCCACUACCGAACUUGUUGCAACUGACCACGUCAAAACACCUGAGUUUGUUUCAAGUGAAGAAGGUGAAAAUGGCAACGCAGAGGUAUCCACAGCUGGGCUGAUUGAUCAGGAUCAUAUUGAAACGUCAGCGCCAACAGAAAGUUCGGUUGAUGAAAAUACUCCGGUAAAAGAAACAAGGCCGUCUCAAGUCAGCGAAGAGGAAGCUGUGGUUGCUGGACACCCCACAGAGGAUUCUGGACUGUUUGAACACGCUGAAACACCUAUCCCUAGCACGAAACCAGAUCAAGACACAGCUACGGAUGAACAGAAGAUCAUUGAACCGCCCAAAUCCAUUGAGCAAAGUACAUCUACCAGUUUCACUCCAGAAGAAUCAACUAUUUAUCCAAAAGAAGGAGUACCUACUACUCAAUCUAUCUCGGAAGAAGUUCCAACACAGUCGACCAUGAGCGAAUCUGUGAAACCGGAGUUAGUACCAAUUGACGAACAAGUAAAACAGGAACAAAUGCCAGUUGACAUUACGCCGAUCGAAGGGCAGCCAGAGGAAAAACCAGUUACCCCUGAACUAGAAGAAGCAAAUAAGACUUCUGAACCAAGUAAUGAGCCUGCCACAGACGUCUCCAAUGAACCUGCUACAGAAAAACCAUCGGUUGGUGAAGAAAGUCUAAUUAAGUCAACAAAGCCGGCACCGAUUGAAGGCGAAUCGAUGGAAAGUAACGCUGAGAACACCGCAGGUGAGAAUGAGAAACCAAUCUCGGCAGGCUCUCCUAUUCCAGACGAUCAAAAGCCAACUAGGAACGAGCAGCCGGAGGUUCCGCAGAAAGAAUACGACACCGAACAUCAAGUAACUGAGAUAUCUGCUCCAGUUGAAUUCGUACCUCCUGUAACACCCGCGGAACCAACUAAUGAAGAUCAAGAACAUGUUCAAACUCCAGAUCAAACGCAAGAAGUCCCAGAACAACCUGCGGUUGAUAGUACGGAAGGACAGUUGACUAUUGGAUCACAAGAUUCUCCGGUACCGCAAGUGCACGAUUCGAUUGACGAAACGAAACCUGCGAUGAAACCUGGUUACUUCGGACGUCCAAUCACAAGUACCUUGGCUCCUCAAGGAAGCUUGGCCUAUCCAGAUCAAACGGUUUCCGGCGAAGACAACAGCCACUUCCCAGUAAACAACGGAACUUAUUUGAAUCCAGAAUCUGACGACACUGGCGAUAGCGAUGACUACGAAGAAGAUGAUUUGGACGUUUACGGACCGGGCACUUGCAGAUACGGUGGAAAGGUCUACGUGUCUGCUCAACAGAUACCGAGAGAUGAUCCUUGCGACUUCUGCUUCUGUUUCCGAAGCGAUAUUAUCUGCCUUCAGCAAAGCUGCCCGCCACCAAUUCCCGGCUGUCACGAGGAGCCCAUCAAUGGCUUCUGUUGCCCGAGGUACGAGUGUCCGGUAUCGAUGGCAACCUCGCUUAAUUUGACGACCACAACCACAACGACAACGACAACUCUGCCGCCUCACUUCUUGUCACACGCUUAUAAGGGCGCUGCGAGAAGAAGUGGCUGCCAAAUUCGCGGACAGGCAUACCGAGUUGGAGAAUCCAUUCCAUCUGCGUCAGGUCCUUGCCUUGAGUGCACAUGUGGCGGAGACGGUAAUAUGAAGUGCGAACCACGAGUCUGCAGUCCAGAACCUAUGCUAAGGCAAAUGAUCGCCGCUGCAACAGCCAAGAGGAGAAGAUGAGCUCUGAAGUUUUAAAAACAGUGUUGUAAAAAAGUGAAUUAAGAUUAUUCUAACCAUUGCGCGAAACACAGACAAUAAUGUGCUCGACAAAUACGAACUGAGUAGCCAAACGUAACCUUUUUAUAUUAUAUAUCUAUAUACGUAUGUACCGACAUAUGCAUAUACAUAUAUACGCGCGUAACAGUAUACAUAUAUCAAAGGGAAAAAUAGCUAAUCAUAAUAGGCACAUUCAUGGUGACAAAAUGUAAAGCAAAGUAAGAGAAAAAAGAUGCAUGAAAAAAACUAAGGUAAACGCCAACAAUUAUAAUAAGUAACUAUUCUUAAUUGUAAUGUUGCUAUUGUGCUGUACGAAAUAUUUCAUCGAUGUCGAUCGGAGCUGCGAAACAAACGAGACUUACGACUGUGCCUUCGUCAGUGCCAAAAAAUUGGCGCUUUCGCUUAGCGACAACAACUUAGCCAUAUCACUGUCACCGACUUCAUCGAGAUGAACUUAGGCGUAUUAUGAUAAUAAGAAGAGAGCGUAAAAAUGAGAUUAUGAAAGGAUGUAGUAAUGAGAAAAAAGUGAGGAUGGGUGAGGCAGAAUAAAAUGAGAUAGUUAGAAAUUAGAUAGCUGAGCCACGGUAGAUAACAGCUACUCGAAAAAAUCAAUUGAAAGAUUUAAAAAAAUGAGUGCGCAUGAUUCGGGGUUUUGCUGAACCUCUCGACCGAAGACAUUCGCAAUCGAUGUUCAAAUACAUACCUCCAAUUAUCCGUAAUUGCUAUUAUAAAUCGUGGCUAAAAAGAUUAAAAGUAAUAAUAGUAAAGGAAACAUUAAACUCUCAUUCGUUAUAUGAUAAACGUAUACACAACUUCAAAGCUCAAACAGCAGCUCGCUCGGAGGACCGAAAGUUCAUUCAAGAAUGCUUCUCCGGUGAGCUGGCAUCAUAUAAAAUACAUUUAUAUGAUUCUUAUACAAUAUACUCUCAAUAAUAAUUAAUUAAAAUUAAUACAGCCGUAUAUGAAAUUCUUAUUUGUUCUCUAGCUUCAAAGUGUCGCAAAAAUGGAAAAAUUUCUUUAUAAUCUUUCUAUUUUUAUUAAUUUUUCUCCACUAUUAACCAAGUAAACGUCAAUUCUUGUAACAAUACUUCGUGCAAAGGAAUUGUUUUGGUCAUAUUUUUUUAAAUUACCUCGUCAUUGAAGUUGAAUGCACAAUUAGUCAACAUGCGAUUUCAUCACACUUUGAAGCUCCAUCGAACAAAGGAAUGUAGGUGAUAUUCUAUAAUAUUCAAAUAAAGGCCCAUGUUAUCGUACGAGACUUAACAAAUCUAAUGUCUGUAUUUAUAUUAGAAGUCGAAGAUAAAAUUUGGCCUUCCUCAAAAAUCUUGAAAUCUUUUUUAAUAUUUGUAUGUGACCAAUAUAAAUGCAAUAUUAUAUUAUAUCACAGAAUUCCGCCUAGCUGUGCGGUCCGGCUACGAUCCGGGUCGUUCGAUCGAGAGAAGCUUGCCAUUUUUACUACCGUAUACAUUUUUUAUACAUGAUAUUAUAUAUUAUAGUUUAAUUGUGAAGAAUGGCUUCUAACCCUUGAACGUUCGGACUAGCAAUCCCUGUGUAUAUUUCGCAUAGCUAGACAACUUUCCUGCGUUGUGGAAAUGACUAGGCGUCACGAGGUGAGGGUGUGAUUUCCGAAUCGGGAUACGAAUAAUGGAUCAUCGUUGGCCUUCAUGCGUUAAAAUCCGAAUGCCUUCGAAUACGUGUUCCGCACUCACAAUCAGAUUUUUUCUUAAGCAUUUAUGUGCGGAUACAAGAAAUAAAAAAGAAUUACCCCCAACAUCGAGUCAUUCUCAUAGCGCCACCUCUAGAGAUUAGUCAAACUAAGGAAUUUAUCUUUAUAUAUCCAUUUAUGCGAUAGUAAUAAUAUUAAUUAAAAUUAUUUGAUAUUAGAUAUUACGAUUAUAAUUAUAAUUAUAACAAUAAUAUAAUGGUACGUACAGUAUACAUAUGUGUAAUUAUAUAAAGGCAAAACAAAAAAACAAAAAAAAACUUGAUAGAAGAAAAGAAAACAGCUGAAACUUCGCAAAAUAUAUACCAUUUGAAUUAUACACCAAUGUAAACCUUCGUGCGAAUUGAAUAAUAUGUAUGAAUACGCUACGAUAUUUCGGCGACUGAUUAUCCCCAGUGCAGCGGCGAUUUGGAAUGGACAUUUUUAUACUCAACGAAAACUAGCGUAUAACGGUUCUAAUUGAGUCCCUAUCGGUUACUGCAUGUUUAUGUAUGUGAUAAGAUUAUUGCGGCAUGGAGACGAAGACCGAUUGAAAGAGCCUACGGUAGGUUUAGGGCGGCACGUGCUGGUAUAUAAAGUGUCCUUUUAUAUGAAUAAAUGAUUUUAUAUGUCAAAAAU